CAGCGAUUCGUUGUCUCGUCGAGGAUAUCGCGUCACAAUUGGACCUGCAGUCUAUGCAGGUUUUAUUUUGCCCAAGCGAUCAUUCGCUCAUUUAGCCUGCGACCAAUCCAGUCGGCACUACGCCAAGCCGCAGCGUAAGACGGAGGUCUGUCUGCGCCAGAAGGAUUUGGACUCCGGAGCUUGUAAUAUUUGUGGAAAAAGCAAUCUGAACGGCCGGGCUGAGACUGCCCCAGCAUUGUUCACCAUCUGUCGCGCUUCUUUGUCAGAAAAAGAUGCCCCCAGCAGGCUCUUCAAUGAUUUGCCCCUGAGAUCGGUAGGGUUUGUUGUUUUCCAAUGACACCGCCCUCCAAGGACAAAUGAACUUUUCUGGCCACUCGUAACGGCCACUCGUAACGGCCAUUCGUGAAGACCACCCGCAGGGAAGCAGGCUAGUCUGGCGUCAGCUGUCUGUGGCAUUGAGUUUGCGGCGCUGCUCAAUUCUUAGCAGAGGGCUUAUAAGAUCUCCUUCUCCCACUCCUUCCCCCUUUGUCCCUACUAGUACUCAGUUUCUUCCUACCAGCUAACUCAUUGGCAGUUGUUUUGCACGGCGUUGUUAUUUUCCAUUGGUCCUACCAGUGAUGUCUCCCAAUCAGUUUUCUUCCGGCCAUUGCUCCUCAUUAGUAAGGCCUGAUGAGAAUGAACCCUGGCCUUCGCAGCUCUUCCCUGCUGGCCAUGCCGACCUACCCAACAAUCUCACGAAGCAGCAAGAUACCACUGACUCAGUGGAUAUCGUAACCGCCGCAACGCCCCAGCAGUCAUACACCAUGUCGGCUGCGUGCAAUUCGGACUUUUCGAUACCUUCCGUUCCUGCGAACCCUCAUUGGCUCGCAUAUACCACAGCGCCCUCUGCAGCUUUCGGGCACUUCAACCAGCCUGCCGCUCGCCAACCAAUUGAGUUCCCACAGAGCAGCGAUAUUUAUGCGCCUCAACAGCAGCUUUCAAUUAGGAACUCCACGCAGCAAAUCGGAGAUUCACUUCAGGGCCUUAUAGCCACAUCGCACCGCCCCGCAGCUCAGAGGGUACAUGCUGCAACCCCUAGGACGGACCCUCCACGAGCAUUCAUAUGCGAAUGGCGUGGUUGCACCUACACCGGAACCUUUUCCCAACUCGCGCAGUUGAGGCGACACGUUGAUACUCAGCACGUCAACCCCCGAUCGUUCGUAUGCCUCAUCCCUGGUUGUGACAAGGUUUUCAAUCGCAAGGACAACCUUAGAAUGCACCUGCGGCAGAUACAUGAAUGCGAUAAAUGGUUUUGGGAAUCCCUGACGGGGAAGCGGGAGACGGAUCCAGGCGAUCCCAGUGGUGAAUGGGGACUUGAGUGACACUGCUGCGCGCAAUGAGGCUGGGACAGACUGGCUUUGAUCGGCCCCAAACUCCUUUCCUUUCGUGACUCGAUUCUUCCAUUUCGUUCUCAUUUGAUGAAGACGUAUCCAUUGCAUAGGCCUUUGUAUCCCCCAAAAUUGUCUAGCCCACCCGAGCGUCGCUGUUGUGUCUGAUUAACAUCUGGAAAAGCGUUCAGACUGUAUUGUUUUAUUAAACAUAACCAUCGUCGCCUGAAUACUGGGCUGGCUCAUUGCUAUACGAAGUGGAGAGGAGAUAAGUUGGAAGGUUGCCCCAAGGGUCCAUUCACGUAGUAGUCUCGCAGUGUCGCUAUAUAUAUAACUCCAAGAAUACCAUAUGGACGAUCAGCGUGACAAUCUUCAGUUACUAGUAUGCCUUGGAC